AUGACGAGAGUGGCAUUAGUCGUGAUUUUAGUACUCUUUUCGAUCUCCAGCGUGAGCUUCGUCGAUUCCAUGAUGCCAGAGAGCCUGGGAAAAUUUCUAGGGACCUUCGGCCCGGUUAAACAAGUGAGGAUACCUGAUUUGCUGAAUCAGUUGUGCAAUCAGUCGCAGGGUCCUGGCGCGACGAUGCAACGCGACGCUUGUUACGGUUGCUUCUACCGUGCCAGCAUCUUACCGCAGGGUUACUCCAUGCUAGCAGCCAUGUCCACGUGCGCCGACACUUAUCUCAACAACACCAACUACGGUCAUUGCCAGGCCUAUUUGCGAAAUGCGACCAGUAUGCCAAAUACACGAAGUCCUACGUUAAUAUACUGCUCGUUCUUAGAAUGCAUUCGUCAAGUCAAUAAGAACAGUUUGCUUAGGGAAUGCGUUGGCGAAGCCGCAAGAGUGUUCCCUAACGUCAACAACAUCUACGUCAACCUCACGAACGCGCAGCUCUCGCAAUUGUUCAUCAACACCACCGCCUGCGUGCUGGCGAAGACCCGUUGCUCCUACCUGAAUCCGGUUACCGGCGAGCUUCAGGACGGUGACGUCGCCAACAAGUUGCACCUACCCUCGCUGAACGCCAUCCUCGUCAACACCGAUUACGACAUCAACAUCGUGCAGCUGCCGUUCCGUUACGGCAGCGUCGACGUGUGCGCCAAGUAUAGAAACGUCGAGCAAGCGAGUUGGCCCAGUGUCGCGUGUUAAUUUACAAACGGAUAUUAUAUCGCGCCAAGUGCCGGGCCGGUAUCCACGACGCUAAAUGACGCGCGGGAUGAUUUUACCAAGCGACCGUUGCAGAAUGAGAUUACCGAGUGUGCCGUUGUUCGCAAUAAAGAUUUGUUUCCGUUGGCGCCAACAUUUCGAUCAUUUCUAUCUCCUGGUUUCUCGC